AUGGAUGACGUUAGGGAGAAAAGGCAGUCGGGGCCCCACAAGGGGGGCCCCCAGAAGGGGAAGGCUAAGAAAGGGGGUUCUUCUGCUGACGGGGCUCCUAACACCGCAAGCCUUCUAGAGCUGCAGCUGGCUGAGCUCGAGCGAGGUUUGCGUGUGUCUCCCCCUGAGUUGGGUGUUGAUAGUUCCCCUUCUGCUGUUCUUUGGGACUUUGUUUCUUUUUUGAAACAAUUUUGCCUCAACGAAUUCCGUGCUAGGCAAAUUGCGUUGGAUGCUCCUGCAGCAGCAGCAGCUGCAACGAAAGACCCGAAGGCCCCCUUCAGCUCUCCGCUGGCUACUGCCAUAUUCAGCCAAGUCCCAGGCAACGCCAAGGCUACCCCUCCCCUGUGGACAGCCCCACAGCCCUGCAGAGUUGAACUCAUAGGCAGCUGCGGCGCGGGCAUGGGGCCCCCUUCCUUCGCCCGCAAUUUGGAUUUGGCCCUAGAGCUCCCAGAAGACGCGCUAGAUAAGCGCGACUACUUAAACUACAGAUACCUUGCGAAGCGUGCAGCGUACGUAGAUAUGCUGCGCUGCCAGCUACAGGAGGCCUUGGCUAAGCAGCAGCAGCAGCAGCAGCAGCAGCAGCAGCAGUGGGCUUGGGCUUGUGCAUGCAAGCGAGCCCGUUUGAGGGUGGAGGCAGAAGUGAGGCCUUGGCGCCUUGACGGGCUGAAGACAGUUCUUUGCGUCAAGUUCUUGCCGUUAGAAAAGGAGACAGUUAAAGCAAAGGAGACGGCUGCAGCUGACGGCUCCACAGCAGCAGCAGAUGCACAUGAUGUGCGUGCCCAGCAACGGCUGUUUCGGCAGCUGCAGAGCUGGGAGGUGCGUUUGUUUGUGGCUUGUUGCGGCGGCCUCUUCAAGGAGAAGUUCCUGAGGCCCAACGCCAAUGCGGUGCGGCGCAGAACAACCGCCACAAAGGAUCUGAAGGAGACAGCAAACAAAAUGGAGACACCUCUCACUGACGCGCAGGUCAAGGCGCUGCCCCCCACCCCCUACUACAACGGCCUCGUGCUCGAGGACUGCAGAUUUUUCAAGCACGCUGAGAUCCUCCGCAAAUGUGCUGCUGAGUUCACUGGCUUCGCCAGCGCCGUACGGCUCCUCAAGGCCUGGGCCCGGCGGCGCUCCCUCCUCGAUUCGGGGCUGUCUGCAUGCAGCUCAACAACAGGCAAGUGCUGCUUCAGCGUGCCUCUUUUAGAGUCUCCUCAUUUGUUGUUUCCUCCGUGCGUUUGCUGCGGUUUUACGCUGUCUUUGAUUCUGGCUCAUGUGUGCCUCGCCUCGGGGGAUGUUGCCCGCGUUGCCGCCCCGGUGCAGCUGUUCCGCCUGGCGCUGUCGUUUCUGGGGGGGGCGGACUUCCGUUCCCGCUUCUACUGCAUGGGGGAGGACGCAGGCCGCCUGAAGCCCUCGCUGCCAGAGGAGGCGAAUGCCCGCCUGGAGGCAGCUGUGGCGGCCCGCAACGACGCAGCUGAUGCUGUAGCUGCACCCUUGCCGGGCGCGGGUGCUGCUGCAGAAGACGCAGAAAAGGCGACACAUAUGCCGCAGUGGGGCCGCCAAGAGUUAUGUGUGGGCCUUGUAGAGGAUGCCUAUCUCUUUGACUCAGAAGAAAAGACAUUCAACAUUUUGUGGAGAUCCCAACUGCAUAUUCAGGAGCUGCAACACGAAGCACGCAGCAGCCUAGCUGCGCUGCAGAAGCUGGAUGAUCCAUUUUCCCUUCUUUUUGGAGAGCAGCAGGAGCAUCUGCUGCUGAAGUCGGACUUGUGGGUUCAUGUUCCUGCCCUGCCUCCCCGCGGACAAGCCUACGAGCUGGAGACGUCGAUCCCCGUGGGGAACUACGACCCCCCUUCUCCAGACCGCCGUCACGUGCCUCAGGGGCCAGCCUACGAUGAUGGAGAUGCCUCCUCGUCUGGAGACGACCCCACACACUUCGAUCCCCCUAAGUGGGAGACGGCUCCAGCAUUCUUAGGAGCGGCAACACUUGCACGCAUUAUCGUCAGAGGACUCGGCGACCGCAUGCAGAGCUUCCGCGUCCGCUUCGCCCUCUCUGGGGGCCCCACUCAAGCUCCACGCCUUGGAAACUCAUUUGACACCCUUCCUGUUGGAGUGGUGAUAUGCAUCACGUUAAAUGGAAAGGCCUCCGCGCGCCUGCUGGACCGAGGCCCUUCGGUUGUAGAUGCUACGGAAGUGGCUUCGCAGACGCCCCGCGCUGUCGCUGCUGAUAGCUUCAGGAAGUUCUGGGGUCCUCGCUGCGAUGUACGGCGGUUUCAAGAUGGACGCAUGCUUCACUGCGUGUUGUGGGAAAAGUUCGUCGUCUUUGAAGGCCCUCAAGCGCUCGACAGAGCUUCGGGAGAAGCUGCGGGACAGAGAACACCGCCAGAACAAAUCGUUCGAUAUGUUUUGCAGCGGCAUGCAGAAGACAUUUGUUGUUACGCGGCCUCCCUGACGAAGACAGAGCCAAAUGUAGCAGCAAAGAAGCAGUCGCAGAGGCUAUCACUAGGCAUUCACUGCAGCCCAUUGGGUCCUAAUGGCCCGCUUUCCGACAGACAGAAGGCUCUUGUACGAGCAUUUGCAGAGCUGAAAAAUUUACUUUGCUCGUUAAGUUCCAUUCCGCUGACGAUCAAGCAAGUUUGGCACUCAGACGCAGCUUUACGGCACACUGAAGUCUUUUCCUCAAACAUUUGGGAACCCGAAAAGGCAGCCGCUGCGACGGUGCACUCCGUCGUCGUUCAGUUCGAAGACUCCGGGAAGUGGCCAGUGGAACGGGAAGCCGUUUGCAAACUCAAGACAGCCUUUCUGGUAGCCAUGAACGAAGAGCUUCUGCGUGACUACUCUGUUUCUAGUAAUGUCAUGGAGUCCUUCCUGGAUAUCCAUUUUCAGUCGUUCAUCUUCCGCGUUCAAAUAUUCCAUCCUAACGAAGUUAUGGAGGAAGCAAACAUCUUCACGGAUUUCUCGCUCAAGCCAAUCACACUGCAUCUUGGCAAGGCACAUAGCGGACCUGCCAACAGCGGCCGGGAGACUUUGACAUUUUCUGGUGGUUCAACAGACGAACAGAAGGUGGCUAAGCAGGUGUGCGAUGUGCUGCUUCAAGAAGACGUCGCCCUCUUGUCCGCCGUCAACCCAUACCACAUGGACAAAGUUUUGCAUCUCCGCAGUCUUUGGUGGGCGCCGCAAGCAGCCGCUCUGGUACACAGCUUGGCUCUUAAACACACAGCAUUCGCUGGUGCCGUGAGACUGGCAGUUUCUUGGCUGAGCAAACAGCUAAUAGUGGGGGCGGUACACUUCGCCGAACACGUCUUGGCAUUCCUCUUUGUUGACUACAUGCGGGCGGGUUAUGGGAAUGAGCCCCAAAGCCCGCAUGUUGCUUUUCUGCGGUUCCUUCACUUUGUUAGCUCUUUCGAUUGGGAGCAUAGUCCUCUGCUUGUUUCGUUCGACUCGUCGUCCCUACUCACGGAUGGACAGCGGCAUCACAUGCAGGCUUCCUUCGAGCACUUCGGUCAUGUCCCGUCGGUACACUCUGUCCUAGACCCGCAUGGCUUCAUACUGCCACGACCUGAUCCUCCAUCCUUUCGUCGCCUUUUGGGAUGUGCCCGAGACUGCUGUCAGAAAAUACGUUCCAUCCCCAUGACUUCGUCGCGGUUAACCACAGCAUGGAAGGGUUUAUUCGUGACUGACUGGAGCCAGUUCGACAUUGUAAUAAAGCUCAAAGAUCCGCUGGCAGCUCCGCAAACCGGUUCACAAGAUACAAUCCCGCAGAAAAAGAGGCGAUAUGCUAACUUGGCAUUCAACAACGACACAACGGACACCAAAAAAGAAUCCGUGCUUGGCGGUCUUUUACAAAGAGAAGCAUCUGCAGAUUUACCUCUGCUUUCAUCCCAAGGGCUUCGUCUUUCGCCUGCAUCGCCGGAGACAGCAGCUGUUCUGGACGACUUGUUGCUCCGAGCUGUGGGCUCGAAAGCAUGCACGAGGAGGUAUUUAUUCCUACGGUUCCUGCGGCGCUUAUUCCAGGCUUUCCCAGACGCUUUUGUUCUGGGGUUAGACUUUGUGCAAGCACAACAGCUUGCGGGAGGCCUACCGGAUUCCAUAGCUUUGAAAAUACCACCAGCCACGCUUCUCUGUAGAGCGUUGCAGCCCAUAGAAGUGUCGCCACGCCUUCUUCUUUGCCCCUCUUGGGAGGCCCAGAAGGCGCCCACAACUGGUAGAGAGUCAUUCAAGGAAGGGAGCAGUUCACCAUCAGAUGAACGGGCUUUUAUGGCGGUCCUCAGCCCGUCGAUGCUGUUAGGAGGUAUCAAGGCGAUAGCCACGGGAAUGAUAGAAACGGUGGUACUCACGUAG